ACAUUACUGUGUGAUACUGAAGUGAAAUAGGGAGGAGAUGAUGUCUCCAUAACCUUCCUAAAAUCAUCUUUAUUGCUGGCAGGUAAAGUCUUUUUUUUUUUUUUUUUUUAACCUGUGAAAGACUUGCCAAGGAUGGGAUGUAUAGUGAUGUAUGAAGUGCUUUUGUGCACCUUAGUUAGAAACUUGAUUCUGCUUAACAUACUGCCUGUUGCUGUGCAUUGCCAUAGUGUUGUAAACUCUGCGCUAGCCAGUGAAAUGGUGCAUUUAAGAAUGGUUACUCUUUCGCCAAGCCAAACAAGGCAAAGUGUUUGAAAGGGAAGCAAUACAAAUAUCCAGUAUCUCUGCUAUUUACACAGCUUGUUGCAAGUGAAGCUGGAAUUUGUGAACUGGAGAGGUAUUGAAAGAUAUUAUGGUGGGUAGGUGUGCUUUUAUAAUACGAAGUCUCACACCUUUCUUACAAAUUACUUUGACGGUGUUAUUCAUAUUUCCUUUAUGAUAUUUGAUUAUGUCCUUUAAUUUAGAGGAUUCUGUCUCAGUAAAUUUCUAGAAUGCAUUUCAUCUCAUCUUUGCUUUAUUACUGUUUAAAUUUGAUUAAUUACACUCAGUACACGCUUGUUUUAAAACCUGAUUCAGUAAAUUCUCAGCACAGCCAUGAUUAACACACAAUACCUUCCUGCAUGUGUCUGCUUUGUGUCUGCCUUAUGGAUUCAUAGUAUCUUUCGCAUAAUCACUUCAGUAGGCUUGAGCAUUUCAGGCCAGUUUUUGCCAGUGCUACACCUUAGCAAGGUCUUUCAGGAUCCCUGUUACACCAAAGCAAGAACAAAACAUUCUUGUUGGUAACAGUCAACAGAGCCAAAUAUUUUAAAUGACAGUUUAAGAAAUUUGUUUCAAGUUAUUGUUUCUAAUUAACUGUACUUACUGAAACGGUCAACUAAUUCUGGGUAUAAUCUAAUUCUGAUGUCAACACUUUGAUUCUCUCUGUCCCAUCUCAAUAGACUCAAUUUGUGCUGUGAAAAAAAAAUGAAGUCCAUUAUUUGCAGUAGCUGCACACGUGGUCUGACUUGCAUACUUCCCUCUGGAUUUUGUCUGGUUUUGGGUUUUUUUUUUUUUUAUGUAUGCAUUAUUUUUGAACAUUGGUGUUUUACUUACAGUAAAAAGUAGAGAAGUCGCAGUUAGUAUAUCUUAAUUUGUAAUCAUUUGGGUGAUCAUUUUAAAGGAGAUAGGCUGUCAGAUUGUCACAAAUUCAAGCUGUCUGCUUAGAAGGCAUCACCAACCUUUUGAACAUUCUGUGUCUUGUGCCCUUUUUGUAGAAGUUAUUUUUUAUAUUACAAGGUUAUAUAUUAGUAAGGAGAAAAUAGCUUUGUGUGAAACACUUAGUCCUGUGCCUAAGUUCACUAAGUUACACAGAUCCACUGAAUCUAAAGCCUGAUUUUGGUAAUGGACAGUUGUGGAGUCCCCAGAAAAUGAGCUCUCUGUCAGUUUUUUGAUGCAUAGUUUAGAUGGUAAAUUAACUGCAUUUCUCUGAAUUGAAUGUUUCUGUUAAAACUAAAAUGUCUGCUAUCUUUGCCACAGCCAUUCUAACUGUUCUUGUGUAUGUAAUUCCCAUGCCCAAGCUUGUUCCGUGUAAGUUAGUAUAAACAAAGCCCUCCAGUCCAAGUUUUGCUCCAAAUUCACAGAACAUUGAAAUGUGUUUCCACAUGGUGUGUCAAUAGGGUGUCAAGGCAUGAAAGUGAUGAUCACUUGAUUUGGAGCUAAAAAUAUAACUGAAAAUAUAACUGAAAAAUCUAUUGAAGAGCAUGAAAAAAAGGUGUUAUGUACACAGAGAUACAGUCAAGAUGAUACUUAGAAUAUCUUAUGCUGCAUGUGUCAUUUCUUUACGUACAUUAAAAAAAAUUCUUUAAAAAUCCAAAAUUAAACAUACUUUCAAAAGUGAAAUGCAUGGUCACUGUUGACUCUCUCUCUGCUUAUGACAAGUUACCAAAGUAAUGGGGAAAGGUCUGUUCAACAUCUCUAGUGUCAGGUUGAGUAUUUGGGGCAAUUUUCUUCCCCCUCCCUCCCAACUUACAUUCUCUGCAAAUAUUCUAAUCAGAUGCUUUAUUACAGCUGUUAGAUUGUUGACCUGGUAUGAACUUUAAAUCUCUCAAGAUCUGAGCAGGUCAUCUUGCUAAUUUUAGUUUGGAAGUUAUUUAGCAUUUUAGCAGGGCAGUCUGCCCUAAAGUAGUGAACUUUGCACUACAUGGAAAUAUUGAGAAAUCAAUUCAGUAGAUGACUUGCUGGUUCUAAUUACAAACAGGAAAAAUAGGUGAAGGACUCAGCAUGGUCGAAAAACUGUCAGCUGGGUUUUUAGGAAAGACACAGCAAAAGUUGGCUGACCUUUCAGCUGGGAGGCUUUUGAAGUAUGAUGCAUGCAUGAUGAAAUCCAAAUAUUCAACAGAUAAAGUCUAUCCUGGUAACUUUAUGGGGAAGGAAAAACAAGGUAAUUUUAAAAGUUCUGAGUUGAAUAUUUUUUUUAAUGAUGCAGUGUCUAACUUAGUAACACAAAAAGGUGAGGAGCCCUUGCAGCUAAUGUAAGUUCAGAAUGUACAGUACUUCCUCAGAAAUUAUCUGUCUUUUCAAUUUCUUGAUGGACUUGGCACUGACGUCUGCACUACUCAUUCUUACAUCAGAGAUAUGGUGUUUUUUGGGUUUUUUUUUUUCUUUAGUUGUUGCUUGGGUUUCUUUUGUGGGGAGGUGGAGGGCUCUGGAGGAGGAUGACAGUUGAAGAACACUAUUAUUGAAGUCACUGGAAUAGGGGAGGGAGAAGAGUGCAGUGCAAAUACUGUGGAGAAGGAGCAGAGGGGAUUUAAUGCACAGUCAUGUUGACAACUUGCAGCUAGUUCUUCAAGACUCCCAGUAGCCAUAGACUCCUUUUUCUUCCCCUCUCAGAGAGGGGCAGUUCCAGGCUGCUGAAAGUGAUUCAGCACAUUGUUUCUUAUGUCAUUUGCGAGGGUUUUUGGGGGGCUGUGAUUUCCUACCAUGCUUUCUGUCCUACGUCUUGCUGCCUCACCACAGAAGCUCCAGUGCUUCUCUCUUCCUGCUUCUAAGCCACCCUCUCUCUCAGAGCUUCUGCCUCUCUUUUCUGCCUUCUGUUAACCACUUUUCAUUAGGACAGGUGGAUAAAAGUCCUGGGGAAAAGGCUGAUUGUAGUUUCCCUCUCACUGCUGACUCUCAUUGCUCAUCUUCCCCUCAUUCCCCAUGUAGUCUUUUGGGAGUUCAAGAUAGAAAAAAAAGAAGAAACAGAUCCUACUGAGGAUCGCAUUCUGACACUGUCAGGAUUACACAUCAUGAUUUGUGUGUGUCUGGGGGAGGGCAUCUAUCUGAUUUCUUCACUAAUGUACUUUUUCACAUUGAUUAAGUUUUAUGCCAGUGUUAGGGUGGCCCUUUGAGCCUGAAACAGUAAGGCUGCAUUUCUAGGAGGUGUCAAACAUGUAGUUAGUGGUCCAUCUCGUUCAGGUGGGUUGUCUGUGUCCACUUGCUCCGGAAGUGUGAACGCAGCAGGAGACGCAGUUGUUUGUAACUUCCAUCAGGUUCUUUUGCGAACUGAAAAGCUAAAGUUACAAAGUAAAAGAAUUAAGGUGAAGCCUCUUUUAAGUGGGCAGAGAUGGAAUAAAUUGUUUUUCUCCCACUCCUAUCAUCUUGCCAGGAAAUGUCCUAGGUCUGGAGCAGGUCUGUGCAGUAUCAAGUUUCGUGCACAGCGGUGCAACGUGGUGACCUGCUAAAUGCCUAGAGAGAAACUGCUCAUGUAUCUCCAGCAACUGGCUAGUGGUUUCAUACAGAACAUUCUUUAGAAGUAGAUCAAUGACUCUGGGGUGAUACAAUUACCCUUUCAUCCUUCUGAUCCCCAGACUGUUGAAGGAGGAAAGUCAGCGUUGACAAUUUUGGACUUGGUCUUCUGCUUCAGACUAAGCAGAUAAAACGCAUGGUAUCAUCAUAUGUUGGAGAGAAUGCUGAAUUUGAACGCCAGUAUUUAUCUGGUGAGCUUGAAGUGGAGCUUACACCUCAGGGUACACUUGCUGAACGUAUUAGAGCAGGAGGAGCAGGAAUCCCAGCGUUUUAUACCAGUACUGGUUAUGGGACACUGGUGCAGGAAGGGGGGGCACCUAUCAAAUACAAUUCAGAUGGCACCAUUGCUAUUGCUAGCCAACCAAGAGAGGUGCGAGAGUUUGAUGGUCGUCACUUUAUUCUGGAAAAGUCCAUUACAGGAGAUUUUGCUCUCGUGAAGGCAUGGAAGGCUGAUCGUGCAGGAAACAUCAUUUUCAGGAAAACUGCUAGAAACUUCAAUCAACCAAUGUGCAAAGCUGCCAAGACAACUGUGGUGGAGGUAGAAGAAAUUGUUGAUAUUGGAGCAUUUGCGCCAGAAGAUAUUCAUGUUCCCAAAAUCUAUGUUGAUCGCCUGAUACAGGGAGAGAAGUUUGAAAAGAGAAUUGAACGCUUGUCAAUCCGAAAGCCUGAAGACUCAAAAGCCAAACAAAAGCCAGGAGACAAUGUGAGGGAGAGGAUCAUCAGACGGGCUGCUUUAGAGUUUGAGGACGGCAUGUAUGCUAAUCUGGGUAUUGGAAUCCCGCUGUUGGCCAGUAACUUCAUCAGUCCAGACAUAACUGUUCACCUACAGAGUGAAAAUGGAGUCCUAGGUUUGGGUCCUUAUCCCCUUGAAAGUGAAGUUGAUCCAGACCUGAUUAAUGCAGGUAAGGAGACAGUCACUGUUCUUCCUGGUUCUUCUUAUUUCUCUAGUGAUGAAUCAUUUGCAAUGAUAAGAGGGGGCCAUGUUGAUUUGACAAUGCUUGGAGCUAUGCAGGUGUCUAAGUAUGGCGACCUGGCCAACUGGAUGAUUCCUGGUAAAAUGGUGAAGGGAAUGGGAGGUGCCAUGGACCUGGUAUCUAGUGCCCAGACAAAAGUGGUUGUCACCAUGGAGCACUCAGCCAAGGGCAAUGUCCAUAAAAUCUUGGAAAAAUGCAAUUUACCGCUUACUGGGAAGCAAUGUGUAAACCGCAUCAUUACAGAGAAGGCUGUGUUUGAUGUGGACAAGAAAAAGGGGCUCACCCUCGUGGAAAUCUGGGAAGGACUGUCAGUGGAUGAUAUCAAGAAAAGCACUGGCUGUGACUUCGCAGUUUCACCAAAACUGAUACCAAUGAGACAGAUUUAAACCUGCAGUGGAGUCUGGGCUUGACUUGCCAGAAGGCUUGUUUCGAAAUGGAAGCUCAGUGAAGAGGAAUCAAUGACUGUUUUGCAGUUUUACUGUUUUUCUUUUCUUUCUUUUUUUUUCUUUUAUUUAAGGGCUUUGUAGGUAGUUUCCAGAUGGUUAAGCUCAGGCUAGGACUAUCAGCCUAAAUGGAAUUUUUCUUUCAUAGCAUUACCAAUUUUAAUGGAAUCGUGAAUAUAUUCCCAAAAUUUCAAAUGUUAUACUGAAAUGUUAGUGAACAUUGUCAGAAAAAAACGCCUUGUAGUCUCACUGCCAAAUAGUACAUUUUUUACAGAGAUUCACAAAAUUACUGGGCAAUCUUAAAAUUGCCUCUGCUUUUGCUGAAAUCAUUAAACUUACAGAUCACCCCAUUGUUCUGUAACUACAAUACUUAGUAUGUUCCUUCUCUUCUAAAGGUGUGGGUUUUCUUGUGGAGUGGUGUAUAGCAAAUGCAUGCAGCUAAAGAGAGACAUCAGUAAUGUGGACUUCUCUUUUCCUGAACCUUUGAAUAAGUCUUUGACAAAACUUUUUGUAUUAAUGGAAACAUUUGGGUCCUUAGCCCUGAAUGUAUCUGCUGUUUCCACUGUGUCUGUCUGUUGUCAUUAAGAUACUUGCACCUCCCAGAGUCCAACUCUGACCCUUCUAUUUAAACUGUACAAGCUAGAAUGGGGAUAGUUUGCAGGAGGAAGAUAAAAUGUCUCUGUCCCCCUGCAGACAAUUGAUUAGCUGUACAGCUAUUCCAUAUGAACCCACUCUUCCUCUGCUGUUAGAAUCCUUCUUCCAACCUCCAUUCAAAGACAAAUGAAGACUGUUUCUGGAGUGAGGUUUGUUCUUCUAGUGUUACACAGAGAAGCAGGGGACAAGAAUGUUGUGGACAUUUGGGAGUUUUCUUCAAAAGGGAAUACAGUUGAUUAAAAGCAAAGCAAUAAUGAGACAAUCGUUUUUGCAAAUGAUUAACGUAGUUAUGACUGCACUAGGUCUCACCCCUUGUUAGCACAAUGGAUCUUCAUUAUACAGAGCAUGAAUUGACUGGAAAUAUACAUACUAAAAUACAGUGUUAUUUCCAGGAAGAAUGGUUUCUGUCAUUCAUCUAAGUAGGAACACUGAGGCCCUUCAGUGAAAAUAAUUCCUGAUGUAUGUUUUAUGUUAGAAUGGGAACAGAUUAAGUUACUAAAAAUAUGUAAACGAUACAUGCACAAAGAAAUUUGCCUUUCAUACAUGUGAUGAGCAGUGUUGGGAUAUGAUCAUAGAGUCAUAGAAAGGUUUGGGUUGGAAGGGACCUUUAAGAUCAUCUCGUUCCAACCCCCUGCUAUAAGCAGGGACACCUCCCUCUAGACCAGGUUGCUCACAGCCCCAUCCAGCCUGGCCUUGAAUGCUACCAGGGAGGGGGCAUCCACAGCCUCACUGGGCAACCUGUUCCAGUGUCUCCCCACCCUCACAGUAAAGGAUUUAUUCCUGAUAUCUAGUCUAAAUCUACCCUCUUCUAGUUUAAAGCCACUUUCCGUUGUCCUUUCGCUACAUGUCCUUAUAAAAAGUUCCUCCCCAGUUUUCCUGUAGGCCCCCUUCAGGUAUUGGAAGACCACUAUAAGGUCCCCCUGAAGCCUUCUUUUCUCCAGGCUGAAAAGCCCCUGCUCUCUCAUCCUGUCCUUGUAGGGAAGGUUCUCCAGUCCUCUGAUCAUCUGAUCAUGAUGUACAAGGGAAUUCUGAUACUGUGUGGACAAGGCUUUCAGUGCAUAUGUGGAAGGCAUAUAGUACAUUUCUAGGGAAUAAUUUCUAGGAUAUGAAAUUCCUGCAAUAUCUAGCUCCAGUACUAGCCUUUGGACUGUACUAGUAACCUUGCAUUGGAAAAAUGUGCUGCACUUCUCCAUUCUAAAAUGAGAAAAAUUAUUUUUCCAUGGGAUAGUUAUAAAAUUAGACUUGACCCAUACCUGGGUUUUAUAGCAGUUAAACUGCUUUGAUUUAAGAGAUUACUUUUGUUUAGUUGUAUUUACCCUAAACAGUUCUUUGAUAAUCUCUUGUUAAUACCGGAAUAUGCUCUUGUUCUUGUUAUUCAAAAGAAUAAACAAAAUACCUUUGUUAGCACCUUUAUGCUAAGACAAAAAUAAUCCCAUAAUAACUAAGCUGUAUGACUUGAUCUAAUGUGUACUAGUGGGUGGUAGGCCAUUGAAUAGGUUGAAUGCGUUGGCAAGGCCAUAAUGCUGAGCCCAUGAAAAGAAAUGUCUUGUACAUAGACUAGGUAUGUUCUAAUGUUCCACAGUUUACAAGUGAUUUCUUUAAUAGCUAAUUUGUAUGCAAGACAUGACACUGCAUUGAUCAAAGUGUUCUAGAAUACCUUAAUCCAGGAUUAGCACGCAUUUUUACCUAGCUUCAAUUUUCAUAUUUUCUCUAUUUAUUCUCUGUCAUUCCCUUGUUUCAGUCAAGUAAUUUUCUUAAAGUUUGGCCAUUUCUACUUCUGUGGAACAAUCUAAGAUGCAGGCAGAAUUUCUGUUCACAGAUAUUUUGCAGAUUAAGUCUCUGUGUAACAAAGGGUGAUUUUCAGCUCUAUGAAACAAGUUUAGUUUCUGAUAGAGCAGCAUAGAGACCUCUAUCACACUCCAGAAAGUCAUGUCAGUGACAAUUCUGACCCUUGUGGUGCAGUACACAGCAAAAGGUGCCUAGCAUUGCCUUCAGGCCCACGGGUUGGGUGGAUGUGAUCUCUGAAGGUUUCUUUUUCAUUGCCAUUUAAAGCUUUCAUGGGGAGCACCCUGAAUGGAUGCUGUUUUUGAAGGGUAUAUAAAAACUGUGUACAGGAGAGGGGAGUUAAUAGUUUACCCAGAAAAAAGUGUUUAAAUAGUGGGAGGCGUCUUAAAGAAAUCCAGAAAAUAAAUGUUGAUCUGUUGCAAUUGUCUCUGUUACACUAGUCAUAGAACUGAUUAGGUAAUUACAGCGUAUAAUUAUAGAAUAUAUAGUGUAUGGAAGAAACGUCCGAGGGUGGCAUCAGGUUUAUGCUGCUUCUUCCAUAGAACUAUGCUUUGCUGGCAUACGCACAGAAGCCAUUAUUGUCUUUAAUAUAUGGCUUAUAAAAAGUCUAUUGAUUGAUAAUGUCUGGGACUUCAGGACGUUGGUUUCUGGCUCAAAGAAUUAGGAGCCAACGACUGCACUUCAGCUUUUCCAGUUCUCCACGUAUUGCCUUGAGAAUUGUCAUCUGUGCUCUUCUUUGCCUUGUUUCCUGGAAAAGGGGAUGUCUUUCUGCCUCCCUUACAGGAAGAAUAACUAGCUAAGAUCUGUGAAACACGUUAUGUUUUCAGCUUGGAGGCCACCCUUGAUGAGCAGUGUGGAAGAGAGAUUGAAGACUUUUUUACUUGACAAAUAUUUGAUUUCUUAUUUGUAUCGGCGUAAUGCAAAAGAACAAAGAUGGAUAUGGUACUGAAGGCUGGGGAAGCGAGGAGAAUGGGUGCUCUCAGAAUACACCAGUGGUGGAAAUAGCUGCAUGUCACACUUGCACUUUUGAGGAUAUGGUAUUGUGGUAGAACACUGGUAUUAUGAAAAUGUCUUGCAUUUGCACAAGCUAAUUACAACAAGCUGUGACUCCAGUUUUUUUAGCUGAGAUCUGUAAAGCAGGAUUAGAAAUUAAAGCACUCUAAAGUGAUUUAAUUCUCUGUGGACCCAAGCGUGGCUCAUAGCUAUACUCUUGAGCAGUGGUUGUGAUGGUUGGUAUUAGACAGAUGGCAGAUUCUUAUUUCUCUUCCACGGCUGUAAGAGAGCUGAUAUGCAUGAAUGUUUAUUGAGGCAUCACUGAGGUUAUCUGUGCUUCACAGCAUUCUCAAGACAAGGACAGAUGAUGCUUUUUGUUCCGAAGAAGACGGUGAUUCUAUUGUUACCUAUGUUAGACCGUGUUUCAUAUUUUAUUGACUUUAUCCCUGGAAAAGCAAAAAAUGAAUGAUGUAAAAUGUAAUUUUACUGUAAGCUCUGCAAACUAUACAUCAAAGUCCUUCUAUGUAUUUGCAAAACAAUCAAUAAAAUAAAGAUUAAAAAUCCCA